GGCAGUUGGGAGCGGUUAGCUGCAGAGCCAUUGGACGCCACGGCAGCUCUGUGGUUCCGGCCCCGCGAUGUCGGUGUCGACUCCCGCCGCCGCUGAGGCCGAGGCCGAGGCGAAGCCGGAGAAGGCGAGAGCUGGCCAGGGCUCCGGACCGCCCGGGCCACGCAACCCGCCGGGGCCGAGCUACAUGCUGGGGCUGGACGUGGGUAGCAGCGUGAUCCGCUGCCACGUCUAUGACCGGGCCACUCGGAUCUGCGGUUCCAGCAGCCAGAAGGUAGAAGUGAUUUAUCCUCAAAAUGGCUGGGUUGAAAUAGAUCCCGAAGUUCUUUGGAGUCAAUUUAUUGCUGUAAUAAAAGAAGCUGUACAAGCUGCAGGAAUACAAAUGGAUCAGAUUGUUGGCCUUGGAAUCUCAACACAGAGAGCAACUUUCAUUACAUGGAACAAGAAAACAGGAAAUCAUUUUCACAACUUCAUAAGUUGGCAAGACCUAAGAGCUACUGCACUUGUGAAAUCCUGGAAUAAUUCUUUUCUGUUGAAGCUAAUACAGAGUUCCACCAAAAUACUUCACUUUUUCACUCGAAGUAAACGACUUUUAGGUGCCAGUUUAUACACUUUUACAACUCAGCAAGUGUGUUUGAGAUUGGCCUGGAUUUUACAGAACUUGAAUGAGGUGCAAAAAGCAGCUGCAGAAGAAAAUUGUUGCUUUGGAACUAUUGAUACUUGGCUGUUGUAUAAACUCACAAAAGGUUCUGAAUAUGCUACAGACUUUUCAAAUGCUAGUACAACUGGAAUUUUUGACCCAUAUCAGAUGUGUUGGAGUGGAAUCCUUACUUCCCUGCUUUCGAUACCAAUCACUAUGCUACCUCCUGUGAAAGAUACAAGUCACAACUUUGGAUCAGUGGAUAAAGAAAUACUUGGAGCAUCUAUACCGAUUGUGGCCUUGGUUGCUGACCAGCAGGCAGCCAUGUUUGGGGAAUGCUGCUUUCAGAGAGGAGAUGUGAAGUUGACUAUGGGAACAGGGACUUUUUUGGAUAUUAAUACUGGAACCAACCUUCAACAGACAGUGGGAGGUUUCUAUCCAUUGAUUGGUUGGAAGAUUGGUCCAGAAGUAGUAUGUUUGGCUGAAUGCAAUGCAGCAGACACUGGUACUGCCAUAAAAUGGGCCCAAAAUUUGAAUCUUUUCACAGAAGCUGAUGAGACUGAAAAAAUGGCUAAAAGUUUGACAGAUUCUGAAGGAGUUUGUUUUGUUCCAUCCUUUAGUGGAUUGCAGGUUCCACUAAAUGACCCCUGUGCAUGUGCCUCUUUUAUGGGUCUAAAAUCUUCCACUAAUAAGUUUCAUCUCGUACGAGCCAUACUGGAGUCAAUAGCUUUCAGAAAUAAACAAUUGUAUGAGAUGAUGCAGAAAGAGAUUGACAUUCCUGUUACCAGAGUCCGGGCAGAUGGAGGGGUCUGUAAGAACAGUUUUGUUAUGCAGAUGACUUCUGACCUGAUUAAUGAGAAGAUAGACAGACCUGUGCAGAUAGAGAUGUCUUGUUUGGGUGCUGCUUUUCUAGCUGGUCUUGCUGUUGGGUUUUGGACAGACAAAGAGGAAUUAAAGAAACUGAGGGAAACCGAAAGAGUUUUUGAGCCCCAGAGGAAAUGGAAAGAAUAUGAACCCAGUAUGGAAAAUUGGGUCAAGGCCGUGAAGCGUUCCAUGAACUGGUAUAGCAAGAUAUAAUAGCAGAAGGGAGAAGAUAAAACAGUUUACUGCUGUUUAGGGGAAAACCUUUUUACCAUAAUUUUUAUCUAAACCUCAAACUUGCUAAGACAACAAUACCUCAUAAACACACCGUUCAUUGUCCUGUAUUUUGUAGCCACCUCCCAGAGAGGAUCAGACCACCAUUCCACUUGUGUUUUGGCUGCUCCAGAAUUCUUCUGUCUUACCUUGGGUCCUCAUCUUUUUAAAAAAGAAAAUAUUAUAGAUCAGUGCUAUAACUGAACAUCGUGAUUUGUUACCAGCAACUUUUGGUGAAUGCCAUUCGAUGUCUCAUUCAAAAAUUAUGUCAUUUUUUGCCUUGAAUUAGAUUUACAAUCCAUAUGUUAAAUAAAAGGAUGACUUAUGCCAAAAUAAUGUAGCAGUACUGAAGCAACAUUAAGAUUUUUGAAAUUUAAAGCUGUAAUUUGUUAAGUGCUCUGUCCAGAUGUGAGCCAUUUGUCAAUAUUUGAUUUUUAGGCUAAGUUUCUUUAUUAGUUAGUGCAUUGUCUUUUUUUGACUACUUUUUCUGUGAUAUAGGAACAUUAUUUCUUUGCAGAUUUGCUAGCUGAUCAUCUAUAAUGUUUGAAAAAUAUUGAUUUUUGAUCGAUAAAAAUGAUAGUGUUUGCUACUGAGCAAUAAUUUUUUUCCAUCCAUCAAAUUACUUACUGACUUAAACUUAACUGAUUUGUUGGUAAGUAGAGAAACAAUGCUCCACCACUUUGGCUGUCACCACAGAAUCAAUCACAGUCUUAUUUUUGAGAACAUACAGCUUACUGUUUUUUGCCUCUUGCUCAUGAUCUCACUGAGCAUUUUGUCACCUUGUAUUAACGUUUUAACAAACGUAUUUUGUUUUAAACAUCUCUGGGCCUGGCUGUUGAGGGAAAACCAGAACAGUUCUUAGUAGGAACAAAAGGAUGAUACCUCUACUUUAUGAGCACUUUUUUUUGAUCUUCUGGUAGUUAGGUCAGAUCUCUCAAACUUGUUUUGUAAUAUUUCGUCUUUGCACAUGUGCCUUGUGAUAGUUAAUCUACAUGUCUGGCCUAAAGCAUGGCAGGAGCAGAUCCAUGGAGUUAUCAGAGGCCCUCUUAGCCCCUUCUCCUUCUAAGAAAAGAGCAGAGAAAGCUUAUUUAAUUUUCUGAUCCUCUUCUUGGUGAGGAUUUUGGAGAGAAGAGGGUGGAGUCCUUUGCUGCUCCCACUCCCAAUCAUUUAAGCAUCAUUUUAGUUUUCACAGUAUGAUAAUAAUGAGUUAUGUGCCUGAAACUGAGGUUCAACCCUCAUCAUCAUCAUCACCACCCCUCAUCACCUUUGCCAGGAUUUGCCCAUUUAACAGGGGCUUUUGCUUAUUUGUUUUGCUGAUUGUGAAUUUGUUUCCUCUGUUAAACUAUAGCACUUCUAUUUAAAUUUAUUCUAUACAAAUAAUGGAUUUAAGGAAGAUAGUCAAGGUAUCAAUGUAUUUUAGUUCUGGAUCUCUUCCAAAAAUUGACAACUCGUAUCUCUGGAGAAUCUUGUUUCUGAUAGUUUAUUACUAAGGUAGCUAGAGAUAACUUUCUAUGGGAUUUGAACUGAUUGUGGCCAAACUUAGAGAGGCCCUGUUGUCAUUUCUCAGAGAUUUGAUAUUGGGGGGGAGGGUGUGCUAUAGUCAAUAAUACUUUUGUCUUUGCACACCAAAUCCUGAUGCAAUAUUACUAAUUCCUAAAACCUGAAUUUUACUUUGACCUUGCCUAUUAAUCCCCUCUUCCUUCAUCCCUCCCUACCACUCUCCCUUUCUUUCUCUCUCCAACUGUACUACCACAAAUUAAAGGAUAAAUAAUGUUUAUUAUGUAUAAUUGAAUUUCAUGAGAAUUGGGGAUCUGCCCAAGUAAUGGAGUCCUAUUUUUUUCCUAUUCAAGUCUAGAAACAAGUCUUAUUUUUGCUCUUUUGGUUCUUGAAGUGACAGUUUGCUAGACAGGUGACCAGAUUUGCUGAAAUCAGAAAAGUAACCACAUUUGUUUUUGAAGGUAAUAGACAAAUUCUGAAUCAUUUUAUUGAAUCUAGUGCCAUCUUCCAAACUAUCUUUCUCAUAGACAUUAUCACUUGGAAAAUUGGUACUAAGAAAGGUCCUAGUUGUUCAAGGAAAACAGGAUUCCUGCUCUUACUGUAAAGGAGAGACUCGUGCUAGAAUCUGAUUGUUCAAGAAUUUUUUUUUUGGUAGAAAAGACAUAAUUUUAAUACAAAUAUGGGAUAUGCUUGGCUGUGUUAGGGCAGGAUCCUAAUAUAUUAUCUGAUUCCCUGCUAUGCUUGAAUUUGUGUUUUUGAAACUUGGUUCAUCUAUACUCUUACUAAUGAUUUUAAAAUGCUUUUCUGUCUCUGGACAAAAACCACUUUUGAUAAAUUAUAUUCGUCCUCCAUAUGAUCUCCUAUAUUGUAAGCUCCUUGAGGGCAGGAAUUGUGUCCUUUUCCUGUCAUCGAUAGUGCCUUGCACAUAGUAGGUGCUUAGCUAAUAUUAGUUGGAGUGAAAUUUCAUUUCUUUGUUGGACUUUUAACAUGUAUAUCUCCUUUUCUCUUUUUGUACAAAAACUAGUAAAUAAUGAAUGAUGUUUGUUAUAGUAAAUACAUUGAAUUAAAAGAGAUAACUGUAAAUAAUUUUUAGAGCAUAAGCACUUGGAAUCUCCAUUUUUUAAUUCUUAAAGCUCUGUCUGAAAAAUCUUUUUUACAAGGGAAAAUGUUGUAUUCAAAAUUUUAUUUUUUUAAACAACAAAAUUCCUCAUGUUAGUAUAUAUCUGAAGGCACUUAUUUAGAUAACUUUAGAAGAUAUUUCUAAGGAAAGAGAAUGGUUUUUCCACACGUUUUAUAUUAUCACAGAAGAAUACUAAAUGAUGGGACCCUAGGAUCUCAAAUAUAACUGUGCUUCAGAAAAAAGCUCCAAGAAGAUUUUAAAAGUAACGUGUGGUAAGAUACCCUUCUCUCUACAGCCUAGCAAGAAUUUCAAUAUUUUUGGUAUCAUGAAAAGGAAAAAAGGAGGUACCAUAAGUCCUUUAGACCUUAUAGUAAUUUUUUCAACAUCUCAUACUGGGCAGAGGAGACUUGGGUCCAUUCCUGAGCCUUCAGUCCCAACUUGAGUCCAGAAUGGACCCUAAGGGAUAGCCCAAGCACAAAUUCCCCAGUCAUAGACCCAUAAGAUGUGAAGAGGUCUCCAGAAUUGCUUCAUUUUGAGGGGCAUGGGGCAGCAUUGUCCACUGGCAUAAGUAAGUGUGACAGAAGUGUUCUUGGAAGCAAGAAAAGAAGCACAAUUGCAGAGAACAGAAAUGGGAAGAUCAGUGAAGACCUCAGAUUUCCCUGUGCCAUGAUCUUUCCCUUCUUAAUUACAAUUGAUAUGCUGAGUCUAGCAGUUUUCUAUACCCUGUGACAAAUACUCAGCCAUAGCUUUUAAUUUUUACCAUUUCUAUUUAGUGACUCUGAAGAGGUCAUUCCAUUAGGGGUUUCAAAUAAUGUGACUCUGAAGAGGUUUGAAAUAAUGUGACUGAUCAGGAUAUCAUUAUGUAACUUCCAAUUAUGUAACAUCUUCAGCAUAACUAAUACGAGGGAGAGAUGAGAGGAUUGUUCUGUAUUUAUUAGUGUCAUGUUGAUCUGUGAUUAGAUAUAUCAAUAUCAUUGUUUUAAAAUGAUUUUAAGUACUGUAUAGAAUUUUUUAUACAGCUGUCUUAUAUUUCUAAAAAAAUUAUUUUGAAAUAAUAUGACUUGCUAUGAUUCAAAAUUAUUUAGUAGAAAAUUUAUUUGAAAAUUUCAGAUUUAUGCAAGGUGGUAUAAUAUAGAUUUCAAUUGGAUGUAUGAGCUUUUUAUCAUUCUAUUACUCUUUUUUUAAAAGUUUAGCAGCCUCAUUAAAAUUAAAUAGUCAUUAAGAUCAUCAUAAAUAGCUGUUCAUUUACAUUUUCACAUUGAAUCUAGGAGGCAUAAAUGUCUUGGAAUUAUUUUUCUUAGAUUUCAUAUGGAUUUUCAUUUACCUCCUAUUCCCCUAAGGGAUAGUUUAGGGGGUAAGAAAGGCAAGUAAGCAUUUUAUAUUCCAGAAAAAAUCCUUUCCCUGUGGCUGAUAGGUAUUUAUUUUGUGAUAGUUAUUAGAGUUUAAAGCUAAAACUGGGGAACAUGGCUGUAGGCAAACAGAGACCUUAUCUUGGUCCUGCUUCUAUCUACCUAUUCUCAGAAAGGUUCAUUCAUUUUUGAGAUCCUUCCUAUACUAUGAAAACUUGGACUUGGUUUUUAUAUAUCAAGUUACUUCCAGUUAUCUUUGACCUUAAAAGAACUGUGAAAAUGAUUAAAUGGGCUGUGAUCUAUGAUGAAAAAAUUAGCAAAAACUCAUUAUUAACUGAGCUCAGAAAAGAAUAACCCUGACAAAAGACAAGGUCACAAAUUAGAUGGUCACUUUAGAACCUGUUCAGCCUUAAUCUAUAUCCUACAUCCUUGCAUGAGGGAACUUAGUAGAGAAGAAAGUUCAAAAUAUGAAUAUAAUUUUUGGGGAAAUGAAUGUAUUGUUUUUAAAUAUUUAGAAAAACAAAUAACUGGAUGACAUUUUGCAAAUAUUAAUGACGAUACCAGUUUAGUUUUUUUUUUUUUAAAUCAUCAUCUCUAAAAAUUGUACUUAUGUAAAAAAAAUAAAAAUUAAAAAGUUGCAACGGUGAAA